CUCUAUUUGACAUACUAACAUAAUAUGUGCCCAACUACGUUUAUAUAGAUUUAUCAUAUAUUUUAACUUUCUCUUGCACGUACAUCACUAUUGCCAAAGCAUACAGCUUUUUGCGUUCCAAUUAUGUCUACGUCAUUGUUUCCAGCAACCAAUUUUGGAAAACAAAUUACAAACCGUGCAUCGCACGGGUGAUUUAUGAUGCAAACACUGCCUUCAAUAUUCGUUCGUAGGAUAGCUUUUGGCGUAACCCUACUUCCGAUUCUUCGUUUUGAAGAGAUGUGAGAGCGUUUGUGCGAGAGCUUCGGCCUCAAGCCCUCAAGCCUAAAUCGAUUUGUGCUAAGCUUUCGUUCAAUCUGUGCGCUGAGGUUCAUCCGGCAUCUCUGAAGAAGGGGAAGCCUGAGAUGUCUUGUUGGUAGGUUGUUCGCGCUUCUGUUGGAAGGCAUAUAUCGUCAAGAUUUACAUUUAGAGGUUCCAUUUUGGAACUUAAACUUAAACCUACACUAAUCUACUCCUCUACAUGCACUGGUUUAGACCUAUAAGCUCGGAACGAACCCCUAAUAUGGAAAGCGUCACUAAGACACAGAGCCUCCGGGAAAUGACUCAUGGCAUAUAAGACAUUGGAGAAAGGUUCAAUUUUCUGGAAAGCAGCGAGACGGUCACACAGCAGCAGGCUACAAUAUUCACAAAAGGGAGCAGGACACCAAGGACGGAGUAAAAAUUCUAGGACUUGAGCCACUGUUAAAGAGGGAGGAUUCUGGGAGCUGACCAACCAAAUAUGUAGAGGCUGAUCGUCGCCCAGCCUUUUGGUGCACCUGUAAAUCUGGCUUUAUAAAUCUGAACUUCCCUUCCCUUCUGUGGACCUGUGAAUCUGCCAUUCUGCCCAACCCCUUAUGAAAGAUCAAAGACUUUUUUGUUUUGUUUUGUCAUGAGCUUGAUGUUUUGAGUGGAUGUGAGGAAUGGAUCAAGGAAGUCCUACUUUUAUAGCUCAAUGCAUCAAGCCCCCUUAAUAACCAAGUCCUACUUCCCUUCACACACUCGAUAAACCCGAGUUGCCCUGGUCUUUAUGGCCAGGGAAAUGUAGUUGGCUGCCAUAAGAGCGCAAAGUGAUGUUUUUGGGCUGAGAAACAUGCCAAUCUCGUCCACCUUUUAUAGGCAAGGAUAAGCUGUGAAAGUGUGUAAAACAAUAAUACAUAAUAUUCACUAUUUAGAGCUCAUUCCGGCCACAGCAGGCCCAUACCAUUGACUGUUUCACCACCCAUUCCUACCAAUCAAACCAUAGCAUAUAUAAAUAUAACCAAUCAGGAUUUAGAUGAAUAGUACUCACCACCCUACAGAAUAAAUAGGACCAAUCAAUUCGUAGCUGCCUAACUUCUUUGGAACGAUUAAACUCGCUUGGCCCGACGUUGACAUUUUUGAGCGGGAGGAACAUGCCUGGAAAAUCUUUUCCUUUUAGAUAAGAAGAGAUGUUUAAAUCGCAGCCUUUGUUGUCGGUUAUUGCCGGUAAAACAUUGGGCCAGUUGUGUUGUGGGCUUGAUCUGUUAAUGGACUUAUAUUAAUUUGAACCACGGAUGUACAUAGGGUAGCAUAUAGGGUCUCACUUUAUCAUAUAGGAUCUCCAAAAGUUGAGUUUAUGGGGCACUGUUGCAGCAAGGUCGUCACCGACGACGGCGUCGUCACACCGGCAGGUGGCGUCGUCACCACUGCAGCUGCCGCCGGGGACGGCCAGCGUCCCAAACCGCCUACUUCCCCGGCACCUUUUCAACAUUCAUCCACGAAUGGGAUCGAUGAGAGUCAUUCCAGCAAGAACACUCCGGCUUAUUCCUUCACCGCCAGUCCAUGGCAGAGCCCCUACCCUGCUGGCAUCGGUCCCUCUCCGUCUCCGGCUGCAACUCCGAGGAGGACAUUCAAGUGGCCAUUCCCUCCCCCGUCUCCUGCAAAGCCUAUAAUGUCGGCUCUACUGAAGCGGCAGGCUCCCGCUUCAACUAGACCAAGGGGCGGGCCAAUUCCCGAGGAAAAUGGAGGCGUCUGCGGAGAGACGCAGCUUGAUAAAAGUUUCGGGAAUGCGAAAAACUUCGCGUCCAAGUAUGAAUUGGGGAAAGGGGUGGGUCGUGGGCAUUUCGGUCAUACUUGUCUGGCUAAAGGAAAAAAGGGAGAGCUGAAGAAUCAACCUGUAGCUGUGAAGAUCAUUUCCAAAGCAAAGAUGACAACUGCCAUAUCUAUUGAAGAUGUUCGUAGGGAAGUGAAAAUUUUAAAAGCGUUAUCUGGACAUGAUAAUUUGAUUAAGUUUGAUUAAGUUUUAUGAUGCAUGUGAGGAUGCUCAAAAUGUCUACAUUGUGAUGGAAUUGUGUGAAGGAGGUGAACUAUUAGACAGGAUACUAUCAAGAGGCGUAAGAUACACAGAGGAGGAUGCCAAGGGAGUAAUUUUGCAGAUAUUAAAUGUUGUAGCCUUUUGUCAUCUUCAAGGUGUUGUGCAUCGUGAUCUGAAGCCUGAGAAUUUUCUUUUUACUAAAGGAGAUGAAGAUGCUCCCCUGAAGGUCAUUGAUUUUGGUCUAUCAGAUUUUAUCAAAGCAGAUCAACGUCUCAAUGAUAUUGUUGGGAGUGCAUACUAUGUUGCACCUGAAGUACUACAUAGAUCAUACAAUGUUGAAGCAGACAUGUGGAGUAUUGGUGUCACAACCUAUAUCCUGUUAUGUGGAAGCAGACCUUUUUGGGCACGCACAGAGUCCGGAAUCUUCCGCUCAGUACUGCGAGCAGAUCCUAAACACCAAGACUUUGACAUAAAUAUUCACGGGUAAGGAAAUCCCAACCACUAGGAGGUUGUGUGUGUGGACUUGUCAGCCAGACAUGAACAAUUCCAACGCCACUUGGUACAUGGCCGUGCCAACCACACAGCAAAUCAUAUUGGACCGUCAUUUCAGCAAUCCAGAACCCGUUUACCCAAGGCUUCGGUUCAUUCGGAGCUGCAGUGCUGCCCUGGCGCCGUCCAUAUUGAUUCAGCAGGAAGAAGCGUUUGGGGCCCCUUUUCUGGAGGUGUACGCAAUGAUAGAAGUGACCCUUUUGAUUGCUUGGAACACAUUUCCGGGAAAUCGGCCUCAUGUGGCCGGAUCCAUCAGGAAGCCCGUGGGUCAAGAGAUGGCAGUACUGGGUGAGAAUGGCAUCGUACAGGACGCAGGUUCUACUGGCGACACAUGCUUUGGAGGAUCAAAUGUGACUAAAGGGUACAAAAACUACCCUGACGCCAAUAAAUCAGCCUCCGAAUUCAGGUGGUUACAAACUGGAGAUCUUGGAUACACUGGUUCUGAAGGGUAUUUACAUCUUGUCAGCAGGAUCAAAGAGAUCAACCGCGGAGGAGGGAAAAUAUCACCCAUUGAAGUGGAUGCUUGCUUGGUAUCCCAUCCAGAGAUUGCUCAAGCUGUUGCUUUUAGAGUCCCUGAUGAUAAGUAUGGCGAAGAGAUAAACUGUGCAAUCAUUGCAAAUGAAGGAGCAACCAUUGAUGAAGAGGUAUUGAAAUUCUGCAAGAGAUAUUUUGUGGCCUUCAAGGUUCCAAAGAAGGUGCUCUUGACUGAUGCCCCCCUAAAACUAUCACAUGUAAAAUCCUUAGGAGACUUGUUGCACAACACUUCCUUGCACAAAUCUCUAUUGCUCAGCUUCCUAGGAUAGCCUAGAAAUUGUCUUCUUUGCCGCUCAUGCCCCAAAAAUAAAGGUGGAUGGGGCAUCCUAUUUGGUAACCAAUUGUGCUUUAACAUGACCACAUAAUCAAGUCGAGUAGAGAAAGAUUCCCAUGAAAGGGUUAGUGGAUUUAACAUGAUUGGACGUCUUCUUUCGAAGUGCUUUUAGUACUCUGCUAGUGGGUAUGUAGGCGCCCACGGCCAACAUACAUGCGCCAAUGUCAGGGCACUGUCAUCACUUUCACCCUGAAUUUCCCUUGCGAAUGUAUAGUAGCCUUUACACUCCCGGAGAGUGAACUCUGCUCGUUUCUGUUUGUUUCCUUCAUCAUCAAUAAUAUAUAUAGGGAUCAGACGACAUUUACUCUCAAAUUCUUCCUCUGGCAAUCCUCCAAUAACCUCGUUUUCUUUUUCAUCAUUGUCACUUAAGUCACUUGUUUCUGAAGGACUUCUCAACGUGAAAAAUGGACUUUCAUUCGAGUUUGACGAAGAAACAUCAGCUGCACCCGAGGCACCAAUUGUGUCACUCCUAUGACUUGCUUUUCUGACCCCAUGAUGGUUUGUGCAGCAAGGAAGAAGGAGAGUAGAGGUACCUAAAUGCCAAACAUAAAUGUUAGAAGUAAGAAUAUUGUAGCUCCAUCAACUCCACAUAAAUUAAUAAAGAAGAGCUAUCAUUAUUGAACAAAUAUGAUGUUGCAUUACAAAGUAUUAAUAUGGUAAUUGCUUGAAAGAUCUCAGCUUCCUUCAGUUUUGUUUUAAAAAUUAAUUUGGUUACCAAAUAGGAUGCUCAGAUACACACAUCCAGGCGAAGGG